GAUACACCGAAGAGCAGGCCAUGUCAGUGAUCGAGUACUGCAAGAAACGCAAAUUGUUCUUCGCCGACCCGUAUUUCCCGAAGGACGAGAAAGAGAACUAUUACAUGAUUUUCGACAAGGUUGAGUCCCUGACGGGGAACAACAUGACAGACACGAUGAUGGUCGAG